AUGCCAAUGGUAGAUCAUGAGUGUGAAGAUGAUGAAAGAUGUUGUAGACCUGAAUACAGGAAGAAACGUCGAUGCGCCAAGAGGAAACUCGUUGGAGACUUGAAAGGAGUAUUACGUGUUGUUGUUAUGCUUUUACCGGUUCCUAUGUUCUGGGCACUAUUCGAGCAACAGAAAACUUUGCCAGACGCGCCACGUUCAAAUGAGGCAUUCGUUUCUGUAAUAAACGCAUUUCCGGAUUCAUCGUGCAAUUUUGAUCUCAAUAUUGACGAGUUUGGUACCCGCAGAAUCGUGGCUAACCAUUCUUUAAUGGAUGACAAAGAUCGCGAUAUUACGGAUGUGAUAAGAAUUGAACAUGAACCAUCGUUGAGGCGCAAAUUUUCGUUUGUGAGCACCAGUUCAAACUGCCCCACUCACUUCGAGAUUGAACCACAUUUCGAAGGCGGUAAAAGCUACCUCAUUGUACUUGCUCCUGGUGGUUGGGCAAUUCUUACUAAUGAUUGGAAAAAGCCGCAGAAGGGACGUGGACAAUUCGCUCUGAGCACACUAACAAUUUCGGUCGACUGGGUGUGGUUAGGAAAUUCAAAUGCGAGGUUGAGCAGCCGUGGAUGCAUGGAUGUGUGCAAUUCUCCCAAUCAUUAG